UUUUCAAAAUGGAAGAAAUUGCAAAGUUUUGGAGGGGAACGAAGGAGCGAUGUUUCUUUGAGCUCUGACCGCUCCAGUCACCACCGAGGGACAUUUCUGCGAAGCUGCAUGAACCCGCGCGGGCAGAACCACCGACGAUGAGUGUUUCAAUCGGCGACAAAAUCGAGGAUUUUAAAGUCCUCACCCUCCUUGGCAAAGGCUCCUUUGCAUGUGUCUACAGAGCGAAAUCGGUGAAGACUGGGCUGGAGGUUGCCAUCAAAACGAUUGACAAAAAGGCGAUGCACAAAGCUGGUAUGGUCCAGCGUGUGACGAACGAGGUGGAGAUUCAGUGUCGACUGAAACAUCCUUCAAUACUGGAGCUGUAUAACUACUUUGAAGACAGCAACUAUGUGUAUUUGGUGUUGGAGAUGUGCCACAAUGGAGAAAUGAGCCGCUACCUGAAAGAACGGAAGAUGCCUUUCUCAGAAGAAGAAGCGAGACACUUCAUGCAUCAAAUCGUGAAAGGGAUGCUGUAUUUACACACUCACGGCAUCCUGCAUCGAGACCUGACGCUGUCCAACCUGCUGCUGACCAGCAGCAUGAACAUUAAGAUCGCAGACUUCGGCCUGGCCACGCAGCUCAAGCUCCCGAACGAGAAGCACUUCACCAUGUGCGGGACCCCCAACUACAUCUCGCCCGAGGUGGCCACGCGCAGCGCCCACGGCCUGGAGUCGGACGUCUGGUCGCUCGGCUGCAUGUUCUACGCCUUCCUGAUGGGCCGGCCGCCGUUCGACACCGACACGGUGAAGCACACCCUGUCCAAGGUGGUGCUGGGGGAGUACGAGAUGCCGGCCCACGUCUCGCCGGAGGCUCAGGACCUGAUCCGCCAGCUGCUGCAGAAAGACCCGGCGCAGCGGCCCAGCCUGUCCGCCGUCCUGGACCACCCCUUCAUGACGCAGAGCCCGCCGGCCAGGACCAAGGAGGUGGGGCUCGGCGACGAGGGCUCCAUCGACAGCGGCAUCGCCACCAUCUCCACCGCCUGCACCUCGUCCACCUCGGCCAGCAGCGGCAGCCGCCUGCAGCGGCGGGCGCGCCACGUGAUCGGCUCCACGCUGCCCAGCCGCCUGGCGUCCAUCCCGGCUCGCCCACGGCAGCCCGCGAACGUUUGCUUCGAGGACGGAGACCAGUGGCAGCAGCAGCAGCAGCAGCAGCAUCCGGCGGACAGGUGUUCCCGGGAGACCCGGGGUCGAGGGUUCCACGCCGGGCUGCCUCAUUCCCACUGCCUGCGGAGGGCGCACUCCUCGGACCGGCCCGGUUCUGCGCCGGGUCAGAGUUCAGGCCAGGGCGAGCUGGCACGGUGCCACUCAGAGGAGAGCCUGGCCGCGACGGGACAUCACGUCUUCCCCAGCAGCUCCGGACAGCAUCCGUUUGUGGAGCAGGGGAGGCUUCCCUCUCCGCCUGUCAAACAGUCGGCUCACUCGGGCUAUUUCUCCACCGAGACGCAACAUCCACCAAACCUGCAGUUCCCGAACCUGGACGGCGUUUCCAACUGGCUCAACAGUGAAGGCUCGGGUCACAGGCCCGCAGACUGCAGCGCUCACAGCAGCGCCGGCAGCUUCCACAGCGGCAGAGGACCUUUAGGGGUUCACAACUCCUGGACGGACCGGCCGCCGAGCCGAGGCGCCGGCCAGCUGCCCCCCCAGCAGGACUGCUACAGGGAGAACAUCCCCGCCGAGGACUUCCACCCUCUGCUCGCCCGGGAGACCAAGCUUCCCGGGGCCAAGGCCGGCGCGGACCGGCCGAGGAAAACCCUGAGAGACGUGGUGCCGCCGCUCUGCGCCUCCAGGCUGAAGCCCAUCAGGCAGAAGACCAAAAACGCGGUGGUGAGCAUCCUGGACUCGGGGGAGGUGUGCAUGGAGCUGCUGAAGACUCUGAGCGGUCAGGAGAGAGUCAAAGAGGUUCUGCGGAUCUCCUGUGACGGGUCGAUGGUCACCAUCUACCAGCCCAACGGAGGGAAAGGCUUUCCUGUGCUGGACUGUCCUCCUGCUCCUCCUGAAGACAUCCUCAUCUGCAGCUACGACGACCUUCCAGAGAAGUACUGGAAGAAGUACCAGUACGCAUCCAAGUUUGUGCAGCUGGUGAAAUCCAAAACUCCCAAAGUGACUCUGUACACCAAGUACGCCAAAGUCAUGCUGAUGGAGAACUCCCCCAGCGCCGACCUGGAGGUCUGCUUCUACGACGGAGCCAAGACCCACAAGACGUCGGAGCUGCUGCGGGUGGUGGAGAAGAGCGGCAAGUCGUGCACGGUGAAGGGCGAGGUGGGCCUGAGCGGCCUGAGCCCCGAGAGCCGGCAGUACGUGGAGCUGUCGGACGAGGGCCACGCCGUGUGCCUGUCGCUGGAGGCCGCCAUCGCCGCGGAGGAGCAGCGCAGCGCCGGCAAGGUCCACUUCUUCCCCGUCACCAUCGGCAGGAGGCCGGCCAGCUGGGACCCGCCUCCCUCCCAGCCCGCCCACCCGCCGCCUCCCGAUGCAGCGUCUCCUCCUCAGCCUCCUCACAUCACGCCAUCCAUGAUCUCCUACGACGGCUCGGAUUUCACCUCGGCCAGCCUGAGCAAGAAGAAGUCGCCGCUGCACCCCGAGCCGGCGCCGAGCGCCGGGAAGGUGGUCAAGUCCAUAUUCGUGCCCAACGUGGGCUGGGCCUCUCAGCUGACGAGCGGAGAGGUGUGGGUGCAGUUCAACGACGGCUCCCAGCUGGUGGUCCAGGCCGGAGUCUCCUGCAUCACCUACACGUCUCCUGAGGGCAGAAUCACCAGGUUCAAAGAGAACGAGAAGCUUCCGGAUCUGGUCAAGGAGAAGCUCCACUGCCUGUCCACCAUCCUGGGCCUGCUGGCCAACCCGGCGACCCGGCAGCUCCACGCCCCCCACCACUGCUGAUCCCCCCCCCUCCCCCUCCUGUAAAUAAACCUGUCUGUGGAGCGUUUUUACUUUGUACAGAAGACUUGAGAUUAUGAGAAGAUAUUUUUGUUAUUUUAAUGAGCCACUCCUGUGUAUAGAGUCUGGAAUAGCCCCGCGGGGGGAGUCUGUCCUGUUUCUGUGUCAUGAAAUGUCCCGUCGAUGAACGUCGAAGCAUUAAAC